AUGUGCAUGGAAGUGAAAAGAGUUCCAAGAAUCGUAAGCGUCUAUACGAAAGUGGAUGAUAGUAAAAAAGAUGACGAUGGGAAGACGAUUAUUGAUGAGAAGAAUGAACGAAUAAUAUAUAAGAUAGAAGGACCGAUUAAAAAAAGUGAAACAUACCUUCUCCGUAAAAGAACUAAUACUAAAAAUAAUACACCCGCAUUAAGUAACCCUGCGAAAAUUAGUCGCCAUGAUGAUGAUCUCGACGAAUCACUUGCUGAUCUAGAUAAAGCUCUAGAAUUGAACUAA